AUGGCCGACGAGGGCUUCGACGCGCGGAAGGCGGCGGUGCUGGCGGCGCUGGCGUCGGUGGAGCGCGACAAGUCGCUCAAGGGCGGCCUGGAUGCGCCGAUCGCGGAUCUGGUGGCGGAAAUCAACGGCCACGAUGAUCUCUUCACCACCAGCUCGUGCUCCGGCCGCAUCUCGCUGCUCCUCGAACCGCAUGACACCGCCGCCGCCGCCGCCGCCGCCGCCGCCGCCGCCACCGCCACUGCCGCAGCCGCUCCUGCUGCUUCUGGUGGUGCUGGCGCCGGCACCGCCGGUGCUGCUACUGCUGAAAUAGAAAGAGGAGGGGAAGGAGUUGCGGCGGAUAGCGCGGGCGCGGCGAAGCGAGUGAAGAAGAAAGCGAGGGGCGGCGAGUGGCUGUUGGUCAGCCAUGACCCCAUCGAUCCUGCCGACCUCGUUACUGCCGUCUUCAGUACAAGCACUGCCCACGCGGAUGCCGACGUCAGCAACAGCAACAGCGCCAGCAGCAGCAUUAUCACCCCCGUCACCUGCGCAUCUCCGCCCGCUCUCCCCGGCGAGCUGGUGUUUCGCUUCGAGCCGCUCAUUCUCGCCCUCGAGUGCCGCUCCCUCGCUGCCGCUCAAGCCCUCGUGUCCUGCGCCAUCCGCGCGGGUUUCAGAGAAUCAGGCAUCACCAGUGUGAGCGCAAAGCGCAUCAUCACGGCCGUCCGUUGCUCCAUCCGCCUCGAGACACCGCUGACGGCUGGCGGUGUGCCGUUGGUGGGCGAGGCGUACGUGCGCCAGCUGGCGGCGGUGGCCAACGGCAAGAUGGCGCUCAACCGCGAGCGCACCGAGCGGUUCCAAGCGCGGUUUAAGGAGGAGUCUCAUCCUAGAAAAGCAGCACGGCGCAGCUCAAAAGGCCAGCAAGAGGCAGCGAAUGGCCAGCUGGCGCAGCAGCAGGGCAACCAGGUGGCACAACGCCAGGUGGCACAACGCCAGGUGGCACAACGCCAGGUGGCAGUGCUGCGGAGAGUAGGGGAGGUGGAGAGGCGGGUGCUGGAGCUGCUACGAGGUGGUGUGGUUGGGGAGGCACCGCCUUGCACCGCUCUGACAGCACCUGAACCUGCUUCCACAGGGGCCUCUGGGCAUCCCGCACUGGCAGGCGCAGGUGCAGGUGCAUGCAUGGCGCCGUACCCAUUGCAGGACGUGGCAGGUGGUUGCUGCAGCAGCGCAUGGGAUAUGCCCACAGGAUCACAAGAAACGCAAGCAUCACAAGAAUCAGAAGAAUCAGCUCAUGGAUUGGAUGGAUUCUUCCUGCCAGGAAGCAAGGCACAGGGCGGGCAGCUGCGUGGGCAGGUGGUAAAGGUUCUGGGUCUGCCCGAAGGCAGCCUUUUGCGGUGGGGCCAUUCAGCUGUGACGGUUGUGGGAGCUGUGGGCGCAGUUGUGGGAGCUGUAGGCGCAGGAGGGGCUGGAGCAACAGAUGGAGGUUCAGUAGUUGCAGGGACGUCCGAAGCAGAGAAAGCAAGAGGAGAGACAGCAGGGACAGCCGUGGUGGUGUUUGGAGGGUUCGGGGGGAGUGGGGUGCACAGCAGGCGAGGGGACGUGGUAGUGGUAACAAUGAGAGGGAGAGCGGUGGCGGGAGGGGGUGGAAGCAAGCGGGAAGGGGAGGGGGGGGUCAUGGUGGAAGGGCGUGUUGUGGAAACAAGGGGAAGCGGGCCGAGCCCUCGCAUGUGGCACACUGCCACUGUGGUUAGAGUGGGGCAAGGGAGGGGAGCGGUGAGCGGGAGCGGAGCGGAGGCCAAGGGAGCAGAGAGUAGUGAGGCGAGUGAUAGAGGAGAGACAAAGGAGGAGGAGGGCGAAGGGGAGGAGGGGGAGGAGGGGGAAGAGGGGGAGGAGGAGAUGGUGGUGUUAGGAGGCAGGCAUGGUCCCACAGCUGCCCUCGCUGAUGUCUUCUCCCUCAAUCUCCGCUCCAUGACGUGGCGCCAUACAGCAGCACCAGAGGCACCGUCUGGAGAGGCUACAGCAGCAACUGCAACUACAGCUACUACCCCUGCUUUACCAGAAGCAAUUGCUGCUAUAUCUGGUACAGAUGCUACUGCUGCUACAGCUGCUACAGGUGCACCCGUGGCAAGGUAUCGCCAUGCAGCAGCAGCACUGCGGUCAUCGGUCUUUGUCUUUGGAGGCACGUCCCAUCCCCACGCCCCUCCCCUCACCUCCCUUCAGGUCUUUUCCGCCCGGUCUUUUUCCUGGCUGCCCGACCCCGUGGCAUCCGGGCAGAUGCCUGCUCCUCGCCACUCCCAUGCCAUGGCUACGGUCGGCCCGGAAAUUGUUCUAGUGAACACCGCAUCCAAUGAGGUGUCUCGAAUCCCCGUCUCUCUGCCUCCUGCUGCUCUGCCUGUGCGCCACACUGCCAGUGUAGUGAAGGGGGGCUCCUUGGCAGGGGGGGGUGCAAUCGGAGGCUCUACUGUAGGGGACAGGCUGCUAGUGCUGGGGGGUGGUGCUGCCUGCUUUGCAUUUGGAUCGCGCCUCCACCAUGCCAUCCACUCUCUCCUUCACCUCAAGGCAAAGCAGCUCAAUUCUUCAGAGAACAGUCAACCCACUGCCACUCACUUAUCCCUUCUCUCUCACCUGCCGGUCCGCUGGGAGCGGCUGGGAGACAUGGUGGUGCUGCCAGCUGAUGCCAUGCUCGGGGAGGCUUGGGACAGGCUCGGACCGGAGCUCUGGCAGGUUGUUGCCAAGGCUCUUGGAGCAGCAAGAGUGGCCCGGCAGGCGCCUGUGGCACCCACAUUGACUAGAGACAGCCGGCUGCAGCUGCUGCUGGGGUCCUCCUCGUGGGUGGAGCACCGAGAGAAUGGCAUCAAGUACACAUUCGAUGCUGCCAGGUGCAUGUUCUCGUCUGGGAAUGGUACUGAGAAGCAGCGCAUGGCCGCACUCAGGCUUCAUGACCGGGAAGUGGUGGUAGAUCUUUUUGCUGGGAUUGGGUAUUUCACAAUUCCGUUGCUUGUGCAUUCCCGUGCCCGCCACGUGUUCGCCUGUGAGUGGAACCCUGCGGCUGUCCACGGCCUCCGGUCCAGUCUCGCAGCCAAUCAGGUUUCGCCAGAUCGCUACACUGUGCUGGAGGGGGAUAACAGGGUGGUUGCCCCAGUGGGGGUUGCUGAUCGGGUGCUGCUGGGCUUGAUUCCUUCGAGUGAGGCCAGCUGGAGGACUGCGAUUCGCUGCCUGAAGCCAAGGGAAGGGGGUGUUGCGCAUGUGCAUGGGAAUGCAGUUGAUGUGGAGGAGCAGCAGUGGACUGACUAUGUUGUGGGGGAGUUCGAAAAGCUGGCAAGAGAGGAGGGGAGAAGCUGGGAAGUGAAGGCAAUGCACUUGGAGCGGGUGAAAUGGUAUGCGCCACACAUUCGGCAUGUUGUUCUGGAUGUUUGCUGCAAGCCCAGCUUGGUUGAUGGUGCUGAAUAG